AGAUUGUAUUAUCGCAGAAUAUUUAGUGCAGCUGAUGGAACCAAACUUUUUUUAAAAGUUCAGCUAUAAGCGAAUUUACCCAAAUUAUUAGCAAAAGACGAGGGCGUUUGAUAGUAGUGUUUUCGGGGUUUUGAUGAGCGAUGGUGGACGUUGUGGUGCUUCAUCAUGAUAGCAGCGAUUCUGAAGAUGUUGGUGACGCAAAUAUCGCAAAAGCCACCGCAAUGUGUGUCUUGUUCGUUUGCUCAUUUACACUGGGUUGUAUACCGAUCAAGCUCACCCACUGGAUGUUGAGGAAGGAUAAAAACGCCAGCAAUCCCGAAAGUAAUAAAUUCGUGAAAAUGCUGCUCGGCUUCGGUGGAGGCGUCUUGCUCUGCACUACCUUCCUUCACCUACUACCCGAAGUAGCAGAAACCUUUGAAGAUUUAAACUACACACCCGACCUGGAAAUCCACUAUGCAGAACUCCUGAUGUGCAUCGGCUUCUUUGUGAUGUAUUUCGUCGAAGAGUGCGUGCACGUUUAUCUGCAUCAUCGAGAAACUAAGAGCGAAGCCUCCACUCUGAUGCGAACCCUAUCAAUCCGUCGAGGCGAUGUUACUCCUAGAACAUCUCUGGCUCACGAGCCAAAGCUGAAUGAAGUUCACGUUCACCACCACGAUGGGCACCAUCACACCCACAUAAUGCAGGAUGAGAUCGACUCAACAGUGAAAGCCAUCAGAGGUUUGCUCAUAGUGCUGGCUCUAUCCGUGCAUGAACUGUUCGAGGGACUGGCAGUCGGUUUGGAGUCGGGAUCAGGAAACGUGUGGUACAUGUUUGGAGCAGUGGCUGCUCAUAAGCUAGUUAUAGCUUUUUGUAUAGGGGUGGAGUUAGUGGCGUCCCAAAUGAAAACGUUCUUGGUUGUAACGUAUGUGUUCACUUUCGCGGUAGUCAGCCCUUUGGGGAUAGGCAUCGGCAUGGCCAUCAGCAAUUUGGAGGUGAGCGUAGCCGACGUGAUAUCAGUGUUCCUUCAAGGGAUAGCCUCUGGCACCCUGCUCUAUGUGGUGUUUUUUGAAAUUUUGCAAAACGAGAGGAAAACCGGCUUACGACAAUGUGCCUCGGUGUUUAUUGGGUUUUCCUGCAUGUUUGGAAUAACCGUUAUCUAAACUUUUAUUUUGAGAGCGACCAGGACCAUUGUGAUAUUAGCGUUAACAUGGGCAGAGCAGGGGUGAGCCAUUUUUGUACUCAAUCAAGCUUAGAGAACUUUGUAAAUAUGUAUGAAUGUUUAUAAACUGCCGUGGGCUUGGAAACAAG